UAUCGGACUUACAGCGAUUUACCGGGGGAAACUGUUCCCAGAACACCUAUAUAUCUUAAAAAGUUGAAAAUCAAGUGCUUGACCUUUCGAUACAGUGGUGCGUUGCGGGUAAUAACCGUGAAGGGAACACGCAGCUGUUAUAGUGGCGGUACGCAUUGUUGAACACACACUCCAAAAAUACUCCACGGACGGGCGUUGGCCCUGGUGCCUGGCUGCUUUGCAUAGCCUGGGUUACUCUAACGGGAGUUCAGUCGUGGCUGAUGUUGAGGAGUUCAGUGUCGUUGAUUAACAUGUAGCAGAUUGGUCUUAGUGAAGAUGAUAACGUUACAUUUGGCAAAUUCUCUGAGAUUUGGAUAGCAUCUCUAUGUAAUUAUCAGUGAGGAUCCCCGUGUGGCCCCCACUUACACACACACACACACACACACACACACACACACACACACACAUUCAUACAGAAAGAGAGAAACACACACACAUACUGUACACGCACACACAGCCUGGGUGAGCUCAGUUGGCUCACACACACACACACACACACACACACACACACACACACACACACACACACCCCUACACACCUGUUUGCCAUGGAGGUGUGUGAGGACAUGCUGGACAGGGAGCUGACCCUGACUGUGCUGCUGCCCGGAGGCACAGAGGAGACGGCCACUGUACAUGGGAGUAAACCAGUGAUGGAUGUACUGGUCACACUCUGUGGCGAGUAUCACCUGAACCCCUCCGAGCACAUCAUGGAGCUGGUGUCGCCCAAUCAGAAUCACAUCAAGUUCAAGCCCAACUCUCUGAUUGGCUCCCUGGAGGCUGAGCAGGUGGUCCUAAGGCACCGAGGAGAGGACGAAAGGACCAAGAGGAAAGGCCCCUACAUGCCAGAGGUGUCGGUGCGUCUGAUGAUCUUCUACAGGCGAGUGCACCGGGCGGUGGUGCGCGUGAGCCCCAAAGUGCCUCUGAGCGAGCUGCUCCCCGCCAUCUGUGACAAGUGCGAGUACGACCCCGAGACCACCCUCCUCUUCCUCAACAGCCAAUCGGAGGAGCCGCUGGACCUCACUAAAUCACUCAAUGACCAUGGGAUCAGGGAGGUGUUCGCCAAGGACACGAAAGUCAUUAACCUCCCGGAGCCCGUGGCUACCACUCCAGACAGUGAGGCCUCCAAGGAAAAUAAAGUCCCGCCUGCCAAAGACAAGAGUGAGAAGGGGAAGGAGAACAAGAGCUUCUUCAGUUUCUUUAGAAUAGCUAAGAAGAAAACAGAAAAGGACGUGUCUGCGAGCGCCCCGACCUCCCCUCUGCUCCAUAAGCAGCGCACUCUCAGCCUGAGCUUCCUGACCUCGCGCUGCAGCACGCUGCCCUCGGAGAAGUCCAAGAAGAGGCGCGCGCCGCUGCCGCCCCUGCUGGCCUCCCAGAGCUUCCCCGCCGACCUCAACACCAGCCAGCCCGCGCUCGCCGCCGACCACUCUGGGAAAGAGACCACACUCAGUCACAGCUCCUCCAGUGAGUCUUCCCUGAAGAGAACCAAGCGGCGAGCCCCGCCUCCCCCUGCCCUCCCCCCGCCUCCCAGCCCCCCGCCAGACGACGACACCCCAGAGGACCACGCCCCUAAAGACGUCUUGGGUAAUUUGGCUCCUGUGAGGGAGGUUCCAGAGGAAACCCUGAAUGAAGACCGAUCAAUAAACUAUCCCGUCACAGCGCUUAUACACCACGCAGUGAAUGGUACAGGGGGCUGUCUGUGUGAAGAACUGCAUCACAACGACAAGCCCCGUGAAGAGUGCUCAGUGUGUGUGGAGUGUGAGUCCAGGAAGUCCGAGUGUGACGGACCCACACCCGGUGGUCAGCCGGAGGAGCCAGCGGAGUCCGCAGCUUCGCCCUCUCGCCGGACGCCGUCGGCCGGCUCCAGCAGUCACAACAGCCCCAGCUGGGUGGGCGCGGGCUCGUCGUCCGGGCGAAAGCUGCGGAGCAGCGGGAGCAUCGGGAGCGGCCUGACCACCUUCACCGUCAUCCCCAGACUGAGGGACAGGGAGAGGCAGCACAGGAGCUACCAGCUGGAGAAGCAGCGCUCUUUGGACUGUCCAGGGUACCAUGCAGAACAGGUAGAGCCAAGCAGCAGGUCCACAGGAAAUGUACGUGAAGGAAGUGCCUCAGAAUCAGCAGAUAAAAGCAAGGACUGGAGGGCCCCUGCCACCAAACCGAAGCCCAUCAGUGGAGUCCCGUUCUGGGCCUCACAGAGGAGCACAGCGGGUCACACCUCCCUCAUGCAGGAGCUUCAGAAGAGGGUCCCGGUUCUAGAUGGAGAACCACGUCACCGGAACACAGACGGGGCAGAGGAAAAGAGGAAGUGUGAUGAGAGGGAGGAUCAGGGGGGAAGAAAUGUAGAAAGAAAGGAGGAAGAGAAAAAAGAAGAGAGCGCAGAUGAGUGGGAGGAGGGGAAGGUGUGUCAUGAAGAUAGGAUGGAACUAGAGAGAGAUGAGGUAGAGGUGGAAGUAGAGGAAGAGGAAGAAGACCAGGAAGAGGAGGAAGAAGACAAGGAAGAGGAGGAUGAGGAAGAAGGAGAAGAAGAUGAGGGAUUUGAUGGCAGCGAGAAAGAGAGCAUUGAGGAUGAUGUUGUCGAAGAUGACGGAGGUGAACAGGAAGAGGAGGAGGAGGGAGAAGAAAAACGAGAAGAGGAUGAAGACGAGGGUGAGGAGGAGGAGGAGGAAGAAAAGGAAGACAGCUUCCCCCCACCUCCUCCGCCUGUCCUCUGGAAAGAGAGCACUAAAGAGAGUCAGUACUCCCCUACCGAGGCCCAACACCACCCAGUGGACCUGUCCUCCACCCCUGGGUCCUGUGGCCCGGGGAGGCUGCCCGCGUCCGAGCCCCCGGGGGGGCUGUCUCUCUUCGCCCUGGCUGUUGCCCAGAGGGCCCAGCGCUUCACUCAGGCCUUUAACACCAACCGACGACGGCCUGCUCACCCAGAGAGCCCCUACAGCAACGGCUGUGUACCCACUGACCUCUGCUAAGGGGAGGGAACCUGAGGCUGACCUUGCGAUGACCUUCCCGCGUUUGUUUAUCCGCCUGAUAUUCCUGAAGAAGCCUUGAAUGGAAGUUCAAUCAGCAAUCAGCAAUGACACACUGUCCCUGCCAUGAAAAACAUGACAUGAGACAACGGAGCAUGGAUGUUUUCACGGUAACCAAACCACCAAACACGGGUGAAUUAGGAUGGAUGUCUCAGUCCUUGUGAGUGGGGAAGGGUAUGAUGGAAGAUGUCUUGGUCUUUUCUAAGUUAUUUUCUAGUCUGUAAAAUGUACAUUCCAAGCUUGCUUAUUGCUUACAGUACACUGGUGUAUUUAUGCUACGUUUUGGUGUGUGGUAUUUCUGCAUUUUUGGCACACAAACAGAUUAUUUUUUUACUUUAUUGUUUUUUACUGGACUUUAUCUGAAUCAUUUAUGUCUCGGUUCUAUCACUUGUUUUGCUACUGUGCAUAAAUAAAGCAUUGAAAAUACCCUCA